CUAAAAAGAAAAAUGUAUGCUAAAUAUGGAGAAGCCUCUGGAAUAAACCCAAAAUUAUUAUGGCCUACGAAAUCAGAGAUAGAAGAAAGAAUGAAAGAUGAUGCCAUUUUAGAGCGACCUUUAGAAGAAGCCGUAAGGAAGGCUUUCAAGAAACAAGCAAAAGAUGCUUAUAAGAGAUUAAAGAAAGAACAAGAAAUAGAUGAAAAUAUGAGUAAAAUGCUAAAGUUGAUCAGUGAUUAUAAAUCAAAAAUCAGAAAACAUCGGGCAAUACGGCGUCAAACCAAGAGAAGACACUUUGAGCUCAAAUGUGAAGCUAGGGAGGUUUAUGGGUACAACUUGGCUCCUUCUGAUUCUAAAGUCAAGUCUGUUGUCAAACAACACAGGUCUCAAAAGUUGAAAGCUUAUCGAGAAUUCAAGGCUGAGAAUAAG